AUGAACAUUUCCAUUAUUUAUCUUGCUGCAGUCACUAUUGCUCUUUUAUCAUUAUCAUCGGCUAAACCUGAGAUUUCAGCAUGCCUUCAAGAAAUAAUUCAUUCCAUGCUGAAUGAACCUGUAUGGAAUCAAUACAGUCAAAUCGACCAGUAUUUGUAUCGCGGCAGAAUAACCUAUCUAGGGACGCCUCGCUCCUGGUAUGACCAAAUGAAUCCUCUUUACGACAGAGAAUGCACUUAUAUUUGUGCUCCUAAUGGUGGUUUUACAGGUCACGGUGAUGCAAAUGAUAGUGGUCUCAAUAAUCAAACCGGCCUUAUUACGUGUAUACCUUACACUGGUAAACUAUCAAUCUAUCAACACGGUUUUAUAAAACCUAGUGCUAAUAAUCGAUAUCUGACAUAUGCAGAUGGAAUACCUUUCUAUUGGUUAGGAGAUACACAUUGGUCAGGUUUCAACAUUGCAGAACGAUUUAAUGAAUCAAAUGAUAUACGUUUUACUUCCAUGUUCAAGGGUAUGAUUGAUCGACGACUAGAACAAGGUUGUACUGUGUGGAAGGCUGAGACUUUUGCUAAUAAUAAUGAACAAGGUAAUCCAGCUCGUAAUGAAGGUGGACCAGCAUGGAACAAUGGCGGAUUUUUCAUAGAUUUAAAUCCAGGUUUCUGGCAGAAUAUCGAUCAACGCAUAGAAUAUUUGGCAAGUAAAUGA